CUCUGAGUUUAAGUUUAUUUGUAAAGAAUAAGUUUCACUUUUGUAAAGAUGAGUUUUCGAGACUGGAUUGAAUUGGAAAGUGACCCAGGUCUUUUUACAUUGUUGGUGUAUGAUUUUGGUGUCCAAAAUGUUGAAGUUGAAGAAGUGUAUGAUUUAUCAAAGCCAUUUGAAAGGUCAGUGUAUGGCUUCAUCUUUUUAUUCAAGUGGACGGAAGAACGAAAAUCCCGUCGCAAAGCUGUGGUUGUGGAGGAGAACUUUGUUCUCGAUGAAAGCAUUGAAACAGACAUGUUUUUUGCUCAACAGAUUAUUCCAAAUUCAUGUGCAUCUCACGCUCUGCUGAGCGUCUUACUGAAUGUGCAAGGUGUCAAGCUUGGUCAUACUUUAAAGCAACUGAGAGAUUCUUGCAAAGGUUUUGAUUCUGAGAGUAAAGGACAUGCUAUUGGAAACUUUUGGAAUAUCGCAGUUGCUCAUAAUAACCAUGGCAGACCUGAACUUCGUUGGCACAACAACAGUUUGAAGAAUGUUACAGCAAGUCGUUCCAUGGAAGCUUUUCAUUAUGUCAGCUACAUACCAUGUAAAGGACGACUUUUUGAAUUGGAUGGAUUGAAACCACAUCCAAUUGAUCAUGGUCCGUGGUCAGCUGAUGAAUCUUGGUCAGAUAAGGCUCGUCGUGUCAUACAAGACAGAAUUCAAUUAGCAACUGGAGGAGAAUACUCGCAUGAUAUUCGUUACAACUUGUUAGCAGUCGUACCAGAACAAAGACAAGUUGUAAAACAAAAGAUGGAAGUAUUAAACCAUAACAAGAAAGUGCUGAUUGAACUUUUCAAGAAGCUCGCAUAUAAAGAAUCAUUUCUCAGUACCUCAGAAGCCUCAAGCGCCUUAAAACCAAACUUGGACGAUCAUCCAUUUUUACGGAAAACCGGGAAGAAAGUAGCCUUUGACUCUUCUCCGAUUUCUCCAGUAAGUUCAGGCUCCUCCACAGUGUCUGCAUCGGAAAUAGCCGGGCAUGCGUUUUCCGAUAGUGAAGAUAGUUGUGUUGAAACGUACCGUAUAAAAUCGAUAAUGAGAGGUAAGAUGAAGGGUGCUGUGUUUGUAUAUGGUGAAGGAGACGAUGAAGAUACCGCUUCGAGCAACCAAAAAAACAUCAACAAUGAAGAUGCAAACGUCAGCAGAAAACGUAACUCUGAUCAACAGCAGAAAACUGAUAUAGCGGACGGUAAACAACAAGAUGUGAAAAAAAUUAAACUGGACAAUGACUCUGAGAAGGAGAGUGGGAAUACAAUGAAUAACACAAGUAGUUCAAUGGAUGUAAAAAAAACAGACGAUACACACUCAACCGUAGACGGACUCCAAUCUCCAUUAAAAAUAUCUUUACCGAGUAUGAAUAAUAAGUUAAAUUCUACGUCAGCCGAAGAAGAGAACAAAAUAGUGGCUAACAAUCCGAUAAAACAAGAAUUAUCUGUUCAUGUUAAUGACUGUUUGGAAUCAAAACCAAAGCUGAAUAAGAAAGAGAGUUUUAAACCGUCAGAUAAAAAGGAAGGUGAAACAGAAAAAGUAAUUGAUGCUGAGGUUAAUGUACAUGGAAACGAGGCUGUCGGUCAACCUUUGGAUUCGCCUAAAACAGAAGAGGAUUCGAACGGCCUAAAUAAAGAUGCUUCGACGGAGCAUGCGUCAACUGAGCAGCCGGGUUUGGGAGUGGAAAUAAUUGCUGAUGAUGCAGAUAUUUCUUCAUUGCUGGACCAAAAUAAACUGGAAAAUUUAUCCUUAGAACAUCUGUUGAAAUAUGAAGAUAAAAUAAAAUUGCCCGACUUACAAAAAUGCAUGCAAGGAUUAGAUGAGAUGUACAAAGCCUGCGAAAGCUCGUACAAAGAAGAACUUGACAAGAUUGAAAAAUACAAGAUUGAUGAUUGCCGUCGCCGACAUAACUACGAUCCAUUUAUUUCGACGUUUCUCUCCAUGUUGGCUGAUCAAGGUCAUUUAGCGAAACUAUUGGAGCAGCAGAACACUGUGCUGAAAAGGGUUUCAAAUGCAUGGGUGAAGGGAAGUAACGGCGUUAAGAAGGAAGCAACAAAAAAGAAAACGAUAAAGAAGAAAGCCGUGAAGAAGAAAUGACGCUCCUCCUGAUGCGUUUUGUAAUUAAUUUAUAUUUAUAUCUUUGUGUAAAUACAUAACUUCUUUACUGAA